AAAAUUUUUGGAAAGCACAAAGAACAAAAAGAGCAAGUAGACAACUCCUCAGAGCAAGAUCAUCAAGCUCUUCAUUUGCAAUAGAAAUGGAAUAUCAGAACCUGGGAAGGCAACAGAGAUCUAAAGGGGCCAACGUGAAGCAGGCAUUGAUGGUGAUGCUGCUUGUGGCUGGUUGUGCUUGGUUGACAUACCAGAUCAACCAUUCAAGAUAUAAACCAGACGACUAUGGCCGACUACCCAAGCCUGUUGAACAAUACUGGGCUGUGUCUUUGGGGCGUAAAGGCUCACCGUCAUGGUUGUAUGAAAUUCAGUUCCCUACCUUGGGAAAAGUUCAUAUAGAAGAACCUAAGAAGGAUACUAAUUCUGGAAAUACUGAUGACACAGCAAGCAAAAGUCAGUCAGAUGACAAAGGGCAAGGCAAUGUUGAGAAUUCCAACAUAGCAGUCAUUAAUGAUUUUGAAAGUAAUGAGAAGGAAGCAGAAGCGCAAAUCAGAAGGAACACAGAAUCAGCUGACGGCUCCAUUGAAGAACCUAACACCUUGACAGGUGGGGUUUGGGCCCAUACCUUUGAUGAUGAAAACGGUGUUCCUCCUGAAGUUAAUGGAACUGAGACAAUGGGCGGCGUGGCACAGAUCGACAUUGUGCAUGGAGAAAACAUAUCAAAUGAUAGUAAGGGAAAUGGAGCCGUCAAAAGCAAUAUUUUAGGAGUCACAUCUUCAGAAAAUGACAUUGUUGAAGUGACUUUUGGAGGCUCAAAGUCUAUAGUAGUUGAUGCAGAAGUAACUUCUCAAAGUACUAUUGCUCAUGCUGAUACAUGAGUUUGUAAGACUCUGAGUCUGUUUCACGUAAUUGUAAAUAAGAACUCAUCAGAAUCACCUGUUAUCAUUAGCAGCAAAAGCAAAAAGCUGCUGGGAACAGAAG